AUGCCAGAAACAAUUAAGAAGAUGGAUAAGAGUGAGGUGGAUAAAAAACUUGCCAAGCACAUUAUUUUGAAUAAUAUUUCAUUUAAUGUGGUUCAGACUCAAUCUUUUAUUGAUUUCGUGAAAAGUGUUGCUGAAUUUGGGUCAACAUACAAAUUACCUAGUUACUCAACUUUACGCACAAAGCUAAUACCAGAUUCUAAGACAGAAGUAGAGGCAUACAUUGGGAAUGUGAAGAAAACUUGGGUUGCUACAGGUUGCACACUAAUGUCAGAUAUAUGGAGUGAUAUGAAGCAACGUGCCUUUAUCAACAUAAUUGCAUAUUCACCUGGUGGGGUAGUAUUUAUGAAUUCAUUUGAAAUUUCAAAGGAUACAAAAAUAGGUGUUUAUCUAAAAGAUAUUAUGUCAUCAGUAAUUGAAGAUAUUGGACCUAAUCACGUUGUGCAGUUCAUUACUGAUAAUGCAUCAAAUUUUGAAUCAGCUGGUGACAUGCUUAUUGAAGUUGAAGAUGGAUUGCGAUUACUUGUGGCAUCUUCUGAAUGGAGGGGGUUGGAUUACAACAAAAGAGGGAUGGGACUAAAGGUUGCUAGUAUUAUUCAAAGUGUUGAGUUUUGGAGUAAAGGGAAAGAAGUAAUACAAACUCUGGAGCCUUUAGUUAGAGUUCUUCGUUUGGUUGAUGGAGAUGGUUCAACUACAGGAUAUUUGUAUGAGGCGAUGGAAAGGGCAAAAGAAACUAUUAAACAACCUGCUGCAUUUUUAAAUCCUGCCUUCAUGUGUAGCGAGGACUUCAGAGAAAAUCGUGAAAUGAAAGACGGUAUAGAUUUUAUGUUAGGAAAUUUUAUUAUUAAAGAAGAAAAUGAAGAUUUUAUUCGAGAACUGCAAUUUUACCGUAUGAAGACCACAACUUUAUUCACAAAUACAGCAAAGACAAUGUUAAAAACAUCUCAUCCUCGAGUUUGGUGGGAUUAUUGUGGAGAUUGUCUUCCUGUGCUACAAAAGUAUGCCAUUCGUAUAUUGAGUCAGCCUUGCAGUUCUUCUUCAUGUGAAAGAAAUUGGAGUGCUUGGGAAGUUGUGCAAACAAAGAAAAGGAAUAGGUUGGCACCUACAAUGUUAGACAAUCUUGUAUACAUAAGAAUGAACACAAUGAUGAUGGAAAAAUUCAAGACACUCGAAGCACAAGAUUUGGAGCCAAUUAAUCUUGACAAACUUAGUGACAAUCUUGAAUAUGUUGAUCAUGAAGAAUUGGAGGAUUAUUCCUUAGAGCCAACCGAUGACGUUUCUAGUGAUAUAGUCACUAAUAAUGAAGAUCUUUCUUAA